GUACAAAGGAAACGGACGGAUUGACGUUUGAACAUCACACCAGUUUAUUUUUGUGCUGUUUUAAUUUCAUUUUUCAACGAUACAAUUAAAGUCUUUUUUUUUUUAUACUUAUACAAUGUAAUAUUAUUAAAUCUUUCUCAGUGUGGGAAACAAAAAGAUGACGGAAAGAAAGUGGCUCUUUACCAGAUCUUGUCAAAACACCCAAAUAUUAGACACAAGUGGAUGCAGUUUAUUUUUCCCCUGAGAUUUUCAGACAUAAACUUAUCUAUCUGCGCAAAAAAAGCACAUUUCAGCUCGGAUUACUUUCUCAGCAACUUCCAGGAUUGAAAACUUAUAAAAGGAUGGAUUCAUUCCAACUUUACUGGACCUGACUACAAACCCACACCAUUGAGGUGACGUUGCCAUGGAAAUCGUCUCUAAGGAGAUGGUGCGUGCAGUCGGUGCUGAACGACAGCGAGAUGUAAACAUAGUUAAAGAACCGAAUGAAUGCACACAGACCUGGAGUGUACCAAAGCUGGAGGCCUCGAGUGAUGAGGAGGUGGUUUCGAGAGGAUUCAGUGAUGACGUGUGCUGUUUGUGUGGGGGAAACUUCAGUUUUCUGGACCAUCCGACUGAGCACUUUAUUAAGCACACGGAUGAGGUUUGUUGCCACUUGUGCCCGACGAAAUUCCCCCAUAUAAACUCGCUGGACUUGCACCUGAAAAAUGCCCACACUAAAUACAAUAUAUUCUGUAAAAGUUGCAACAUGGGGCGACAUCGACCGAAGCAGUGGACUGUGGAAAUUGACAAGACACUAAAGACCCCACAAAUGACACUACUUGAUGAUGAGGUGGAGGAGGUCAAAAUUGAGAAUGAGGAGUUUGAAAUAAAGUAUGUGAAGGAGGAAGAGAAGGAGGUUGUUGUUGGAAAAAUGGAGGAAACAGAAAGAAACAGCAUUACGGAGACUUCAGAGGAUGAUAAGAUGGUCAACAGAAGCUUGCAUGAUCAUAACUAUUUCUUCUCACAAGCAUGCAGCUCUAUAAGAGAAAAUGCCAAUAAUGUUGUUCUGUAUACCAGCAAUGAAAAUGUGCUUGUUUUAAUUAACAAAACAGACACAGGAAUAUCCCCUAAUGACUCAUAUAGUGAAAGUGAUCAGCAGGAGACCCCAGUGGAUGAUCAGGCCGCGUGCAAAGGCAUACAUGAUCAUACUUACUUUUCCUUUCAGAGCCUUGAAAAUCACACGCUCCUUGCAGAACAAGCACCGGUUCCUGAAAACAUGCAUGUGUUUAAUAAUAAAGCAGACAGUAGGAUAUUCUGUAAGGACCCAGAAAGUACAGAAAGUGACCAAAAUCAAGACCAGGAGAAUGAGUUGGUGUCGAGUGGAUUGAUUGAUCACACUUAUUUCUCCAGACAAACACUCGAAAAUCACGCUGUUCUCUCUAAACAAGUACAAAGUAAAGAAAAUAUACUCAAAAAUCCAAGUCAUGGAAAUAAUGCCGAUAUGACUGAUCAAGAAACCACUAUGUUAGAAGCAUCACAGUUGGAGUAUAAAAUGAAGGUGGAGGAAGAACUUUGUGAAUUUGAACCCGUUCAGGAAGAUGAAGGAAUGUGGGAACAUGUGGGAAGGAUUCAGAGAAGUGACCAUGAGGACAGUGACACAGGUCAGGAAGAUCAGUGCUCAGAUACAGUAUCUUGCACAUCCACAGGCACUAAUGAUGACACUUCAGUUAAGGAUUGUCAGACAAGGAUCGUGAUUCAGAAACAAAACGAUGAAAACACUAACCAGAAACCACUCAGACCUGUAGGCUCUGUAAAUUCAUAUCCUGCCACCAGUUUAUAUAAAGACCUACAGACCUGUGCAUACUGUGGCCUUAGCAAACUUCCCAACACUGUAGACUCUAUGGUACGGUGCACAUGCACUCAAGCGUUUACAUGUUCUCUGUGUGUAAUUGCGUUUAGCACCGAACAAAUGCUACUGACCCAUCAAGCAGAGAAGCACCCUUUAGCCAAAUAUAUGUGUGGGAACUGCCUGCAGCUAUUUCACACCCAAAAUAUUUUCAUACAGCAUGUUUGCAGCAAACCCAAGGGGUUCAGUGAAAAAUCUUUAACCCCGUCCAACAUCUCAGACAGUUCAAAAGAGCUAUUGCUCAGGAUUCUGAACGUUGCUCCGUCACCUGCUGCUGCUGCAGAGUCUUCAAAGCAACCCCUGAGCUGUCAAGGAGUCGACAUUAUUAAAAAACCUCAAAAUCUUGAAACCAUGCUGAAUUCCACUUCACAUUCAUUGCCCAACAGUGCUUCCAUCUCUGAUACACAAAAGGCCCCAGUUCAAGUAACAGUCACUAGGACAAUGAGUCAUUCCCAGAAAAACAAUUCGACAUGUUGCACCUUAAAUGGAGACCAAGGACAAGUGAUGAUUCCCAUUUCUACAGGUACUGAGAAACAAAUUGGGCAGGUGCAGGUUUUAAGUCCAUUGCAGGCCAAAUUGGUGACUCCAACUUCUUCUUCUACUUCUUCUAAUCCUAAACAAAUCCACUUUUCACCCCAGAGCCAAGGGCAACUGACAGCCAUUCCUACAGUUACUCAGACAAAAAGUGGACAAAUUCAGGGUUUAACUCCACAUACACCUGCAGGCAGUGCAGAGCUGACGACAAGAGUUGUCCAGCCUCAGCUGCAUCCUGCUUUUGGAGUCCACUUACCUCAUCCUUUUCAGUCCCAGAUCUCUAACUCAGUGUCUAUCCCAUCUCAAACAGACCAGCUCCCUAAAUCCAGUGUUCCCUUCUUGGAUAUUUGUAGGUAUUCUCAAUCUACCCAGAUCCACCCUUCAUCCCCCAGGCCUUUAAAAAUAGUGGCCAUGUUUGUGAACCAGAGCAAGGAGCUGGCCCUGCAGAAGCGCAUGUGCCAGAGUUGGCGUUCCAAGGCUGUGUUCCCAUGCCGGCAGUGUGGCGCUUUGUCACGCCAGUUCUCACUGGGUGUACGUCACCGCUAUCAACACCGUGGCCCACGCCUUUACAGAUGCCAGUGUGGCAGAACCUUCCAUCAGCGCAUGCACCUACUGCGCCAUCAGGUUCAGCAUGCCGAGGCCACACGCUACAUCUGUGCUGCCUGUGGCCAGAUGUUCUGUGGUACGAAGCAGCUGGCCUGCCAUAGGCCCCUAUUCAGGAUCACACAAUCAAAUAGAAAAAAACAAGCAAAUAAAGAGUGCAGGAACAUUUUUCAGUGCAACUGCGGCCAUUCCUUUACAAGACCUGCCGCGUUAUUGUGGCAUAUGUUAAAAAACUCCAAAGCCCGCAAACUGCGCUUAAAAGGCUUACAGUAUAUUACUGUUCAAAUUGACUAAGUUUCAAAGUGAAAUGGAUUGCUGUCAGUGAAAUUGACAAUAAAGACUACUAGAGUGGCUAUUUUUUCUGCUGUUAAAUAAUCCUACAUAGUCAGCUGGGCAUCAAAAUCCCUGUGGUGUUGAACUGGAUAAUCAGAUAAGUUAUUUUGGUGAGUCUGAUUAAUGUACACUCAUUACUAAGGACCAUAUUUAUAAUAAACCUAUGCUUUGUGAAUGUUGUAUUUGCUAUUGGGAUUUCAUUUCUACAGCAGAUAUUCCGGGGCUGCCCAGAUAUAGAGAUGGGCAUUGGUAUUUUGUCCAGAGGGAACGUUUUUAAUAUAUUUUCAGUUGUAUUUCAUUUCAGUUAUGGAUUGAUUUACUCUGUCAAUGCUAAAUGACCACUCUACUACACUUAGAAGAACAUCUUGAAUCCUUAAGGAUAUUUGGGCUUGUGCCUCUGAAGGAACCAAGAAAUCCUGCAACAGACUUCUCCAGUACAGCUUUAUGAAGAUGAUAAAACUAUUUAACCUCAGAGAACUUUUUUAUUUUGUGAGUGUGUUUCUAGAGCACCAUAGUCAAGAAAUCUAGAAACUUAUCAGAGUGCAAUAAUAUAUUUGCCCACUAGAGGGAGCAAAAAUGCAAAAAAAAAAAACAUGCAGAGUCAUCGUCUCCUAUGGAGACAACUACCUCAGUUUUAAUACACCAGAAAACAGGAUUUAGUAAUAAAGAGUUUUUCCGUUACAGCAGCAUCCUUGAGACUGUGUGAAGUCAUUUCAUGGUGAGACUACAGUUUUACCCCUCGGUUGCUUAAAGGGGACUUGAUGUUCACUACAUUUUUAAAACGCUACACCAUAUUGAAUCUAUGAAACUAUAUUAAUUCUUAUAAAAUAUCUUCAUUCCAAUUUGAUUGGACAAGUGAAGAUCUAAGAGUGCUGAUCUUUAUUAUAACGUUCAUAUCGCUUGACCUGUCUGUAUUUGUGACACUGAAACCAUUACUGCACUUCUGUGUGUUUCAUGACAACAUGUAACACUACACAGCUGUGGCUUUGGGGAAACUUUUCAUUAACAGCUAAAAUGUAUAAAAAUAAAAGUAAAAUGACUUUUUAAAUGAUGAAUUCCACAUUCUUUGCAGGUUAAAUCACAAACCUUUAACUUGUACU